UGCAAAGCACUAGGGUAGCCAAAUACCUUUCAUCAAUUACAUUUAUCUGGGCACCCCCGCAAUCUUGGCACACUUGUUUUGUUGCUAAAUCCCGAUCGCAUUGGCGCUUGCCACGCUACGUGCCUUAGUCCUUCCGGAGAAUUUGACUUCGUUAGGCCUCCUUACAUAACGACGUUACUGCUAAGCUGACCUACGUAGGCCGUUUCUCGCAGUUAGAUAGCCUUAUAGCAUCGCAGCCGAGAACAUGGCGUCUAAGCAAUUGGUUAAAGCGAAACUAAACGGACCAAAGAAAGAAGGCAUAGCUUUGUAUCUGGAUCUCAUUCGACAAGGACCCGACGCAGAAUGGACGAAGGACGACCUGCUGAGCUGCGUGCACUGGCAGAAGCAGCUGACCGCGGCGGUGCUGGGGCUGCUGUGGGGAGUGCUGCCACUACAGGGGCUGGAGGGGUUCGCGGGGUUCUUCGUGUUGCAACUGCUCGUCACCACCCUGUUCUACCGGCUGGUGUUGAGAGUGAAUGAGGAGGUGCACGGCGGGGUGGGCGAGGCGCUGUUCGAGGGCCUUCCAACCUUCACCGCGGUGUUCGUGCUCUUCUGGGUGGUCACCUUCAAUGUGCUACACGUCUAAAUCGGACCCGGUUGGUACGCUGUGCUGCGGCUGCCGGGGAGCUAAGUGCAUAUGCCACUUAGCUGAUCUGAACUUAACAGCAGAAGGGCUAGCGGCGGUGUUAAGAGCAGCGGCGUUAACAGGAGCAGCGGCAGAGCAGCAACAGCUGCUGCUGCGGCGGCGCCGUGCGAUUCCUGGCAUUCAGAAGCCGUAGUGCGGGACCAGCGUGUGUAGCGGCUGCAGCAGCAGGCGGCAGACUGUGUGCGGUGGGG